GGAAAUAUUUGUUCGCAAACCAUUGUAAUCUGUUUCCUUUUUUAUUAGAAAAUAUGCCUUGUAGAAAUUGUGAAAUUGCUUUUUAUUUUGCCCUGUUUUAUGGAAUGUCCACAUGGAAUUCCAUGCAAUGCUCAAAUAAAUAUUUCUUAUAUUCUAAUAAUGUUAACAGUCGGAAAUGAAUCCAUCCGCUAUAUGUAGGCUUUUAGGUUAUAAACCAACGGUCUACGACUGUCUAUAGGCCUAUGAUGCCCAGUUGCGCACCAACUAUACACGGAUCUUGGCCCUUCAAUAAUACGCUAAAUACGAUUGGGUGGAUAAGAUUGGCCUGGUUGAUUCAUUUAUGCUGAGCCGCGGGGCACCGCACAUAGGCACCACACGUCAUCGGGCGAAAAGGAGGCGUUCCUUUCUCAAACCAAACAGUAAUCUGCCUCGCUCGGUCAUUUUGGCAUCAAGGCAGCAUGGUGCAUCGUCCAGAAACACAUCUCUUUUCCAUAAAAUAAAUGUUUGAAUGUUCUAUCUAGUUUUCAAUAGGAAAGGAGAUAACGCGUUUUUAUCUAACGCAAUCCCUUUUACAUGGGAAAACACAGAACAGUAGGUUCAUUGCGUCACUUUUGUUUUGAACUGCAUCACAUCCGGCGGUGAUUGGGAGUCCCAUAGGGCGGCGCACAAUUGGCCCAGCAUUGUCCGGGUUUGGCCGUCAUUGUAAAUAAGAAUUUGUUCUUAACUGACUUUUCGAGUUAAAUAAAGGUUAAAUAAAAAAUGAACCGACUUCGCCGUGGGCUUUGAACGGGACUCCUGGCAGUCCUGUUCCAAAUCGAAUGCAAUCAACUUUUAGUCGUCGCAAAACACGCCUGCCGGGCGGGAUUAAUCGAAUCCCUUCAUUUUGAUGCUGCUAAACCCCUCCCACCGGAAUGGGCUGGGCAAGACACUGCAGUAACAACACUGAUUGCAUCUUUGUUCUGGCCUUCACUCAUAUGACAUGAUAGAUAUAUUUACACAUAUCGGUUAACAGAGACACUGAACGUCACCUCGGAAAGUGUCUAAAAAGAUUUCGGGUCAGUGCCUGCUGCCUCCCACACUGAAGGACUGAAGCAUGUACCCAUUCGGAGGGGUCUCAGCGCGCAUCCAGAGGGAGAGACUACACGCCGAGGGAAUGGGAACCAACGAGCGGGCGCUGAAGUUCCUCAACCAGGACUACGAGGCCUUGAAGCAGGAGUGCCUGGAGAGCGGCUGCCUGUUCGAGGACUCCUGCUUCCCCCCCGAGCCACCAUCCCUGGGCUUCAAAGAGCUGGCCCCCCACUCAUCCAAAACCCAGGGCGUGGAGUGGAUGAGGCCCACAGAGUUUUCAGAUAACCCUGAGUUCAUUUUGGGCGGUGCCACAAGGACUGAUAUCUGUCAAGGAGCACUGGGUGACUGCUGGCUCCUGGCAGCCAUUGCUUCCCUCACCCUUAAUGAGAAGUUGCUACACAGGGUGGUCCCUCAUGGUCAAUCCUUCCAAGACAACUACGCUGGCAUCUUCCACUUCCAGUUCUGGCAGUUUGGAGAGUGGGUGGAUGUUGUCAUCGAUGAUCGACUGCCUGUCAAAGAUGGCGAGCUCAUGUUUGUUCACUCUGCUGAGGGUAACGAGUUCUGGAGUGCCCUGAUUGAGAAAGCUUAUGCUAAACUGAGUGGCUCCUAUGAGGCCUUGUCUGGUGGCAGCACCACAGAGGGCUUUGAGGACUUCACCGGUGGCGUGGCAGAGUUUUACGAGCUACGUAAGGCACCUAAGGAUCUGUACCGGAUCAUCGGUAAAGCCCUGGAGAGAGGUUCCCUUCUGGGAUGCUCCAUUGAUAUCACCAGUGCCUUCGACAUGGAGGCAGUGACCUUUAAGAAGCUGGUUAAAGGCCAUGCCUACUCUGUCACAGGUCUGAAGCAGGUGGAUUUCCGGGGUCGCAUGGAGAGGUUGAUCCGUAUUCGUAACCCCUGGGGUCAGGUGGAGUGGACCGGGGCUUGGAGUGAUAAUUCGUCUGAGUGGAAUGCGAUUGAUCCAACAGAGAGGGAGGACAUGAAUUGUCACAUGGAGGACGGGGAGUUCUGGAUGCCCUUCCAGGAGUUCCUGCGCCAGUUUUCCCGGCUGGAGAUCUGUAACCUGACAGCAGAUGCUCUGAGUGAUGACAGCCAGAGUUUCUGGAACACCAUCAAGUUUGACGGAGGCUGGAGGAAGGGCAGCACGGCUGGAGGCUGCCGGAACCACCCAAACACCUUUUGGAUCAACCCCCAGUAUAAGAUUACCCUGCUGGAGGAGGACGACGACCCUGAGGAUGAAGAGGAGGCCUGCAGCUUCUUGGUGGCUCUCAUGCAGAAGGAUAGGCGUCGCUACCGACGCCAGGGGCAGGACAUGCACACCAUUGGCUUUGCCAUCUACGAGAUUCCAGAAGAGUUUAAGGGUUGUCAAAGUGUUCAUUUGAAGAAAGACUUCUUCUUGAAGCACUCAUCAUGUGCACGUUCUGAGACCUUUAUCAACCUGAGGGAGGUGAGCGCACGGCUGCGCCUGCCACCCGGGGAGUAUCUGGUGGUACCCUCCACCUUCGAACCUGGGAAAGAGGCUGACUUUGUCCUCAGAGUCUUCACUGAGAAGCAGUCAGAGACGCAAGAACUGGAUGAUGAUGUGGUGGCAAACUUUGAAGAUGAGGAGGACAUCUCAGAGAGUGACAUUGAGGACUCAUUCAGGGCCAUGUUCGCUCAGUUAUCUGGGGAGGACAUGGAGAUCUCUGUCCAUGAGCUCAGGACCAUUCUCAAUAGGGUCGUGACCAAACACAAGGACCUGAAGACUGAUGGGUUCAGCAUGGAGUCCUGUAGAGGCAUGGUCAGCCUAUUAGACAAAGAUGGCAGCGCUCGCCUUGGUAUAGUUGAGUUUCAGAUUCUGUGGAAUAAGAUCAGGAAGUGGCUGGGAAUCUUCCGCCAGUUUGAUCUGGACAAGUCUGGAUGUAUGAGCUCCUAUGAGAUGCGUCUGGCCUUGGAGUCUGCUGGAUUCAAACUGAACAACAGGCUGAACCAGGUGCUUGUGGCCAGAUACGCUGAAAAUGAGGUCAUCGACUUUGAUAACUUUGUCUGCUGUCUGGUCAAGCUAGAAGCCAUGUUCAAGGCCUUCCAGGAGUUGGAUAGAGAAGGCACUGGAACUGCUGAAAUGAAUGUCACAGAGUGGCUGUAUAUGACCAUGUGUGGUUGAAGUGUAUGGUGACCUAGUAUGCUGUAGAAGAGGACACAUACACACCCAUAGUAGAGGACAACCAUAGCCUCAAAGAGCCUCCAAAGCAUCUCAGUGCACCCAACUAAGGCUUGCAUCAUCUCAAACAAUCCCAAAGAAUCUACUACUCCCUGCAUUUUAAUAACCACCGCAAAUACUUUGCUGCCUCUGCUCAAUAACUUGGCAAUUGCAUUUAACCUGGUCAAUUACACGUGAUGAAAAUGAAAUGCUCUACUAACAUUUACAUUUAAGUCAUUUAGCAGACGCUCUUAUCCAGAGCGACUUACAAAUUGGUGCAUUCACCUUAGGGAGUCGCUGCCUAUAAAUCACUGCACGCAUUAUACAAUGGCAAAGUUUGCAGGGCAUAUACCGUUAUGCAAAAAAUAUAUGUAUUUUUAAAGUUCCAUUCCAAACCUCUUAGGUUUUCCUCUUUUGUUUAACCAUCAAAUUCAGAUGUUAGUCUGUCAUAAGAUGAUGACAUCGUACUCUGACAUUAUGUAUUUUUUGCUACCUUUCAUGGGAUCUUGGAUUAUAGAAAGUAUGUAUCGCUAUAGGCUGCUAAUGAACUGUAAAGUGUACUGAUGCCUUCGUCUUUAGGAUACCUCAUUACAGUAAACUACAUCGGUUAAAGACAGAAAUAUAACUCAUCUUUUUCUCAAGAUGGCAAUUUUAGUCUACAAAUUGGUGAGGGUACUUUCAAUUAAAACACUAAAUGUAGGAAUGGGAUUCCUCAAUGUGACAAGGUAAAAAGUAACUUCGAUGCAUAUGCUGAACUGCACAUUUUAAUUCUACGAAUGUCAGAAUAAAAACUGACUGAUCAUGUA